UCACCCCUCUGCUCUUCCCACAUUCCAGCCACUUCACUAACACAGCUUGCUUAACUUUCCCAAAGCUACCAUGAACGUGUGUGCCGGUCCGCGGUACCUGGGUGGACAAAGGGCCUUUUCUUCUGUUUCUGUCAUUGGUGGCCUUGGUGGUGGUCAUGGAGGCUGUGCCACUGUGUGCCAGCCAGUUGCAGCACCAUGUGGCGGCUACACCAGCAUGAGCCUCAAUAACUACGGUAGCGGAGGCCGAAGAAUCGCUUACGGUUCGGGCUAUGGAGGACAAAUGUACGGUGGCAUGGGUGGGCAGAGCAUGGGGAUGGUGGGUGGCAUGGGCUAUGGAGGCUUUGGCGGAGGCUAUGGUGAUGCUCAGGGCCAGUUUGGAGGUUUUGGUGGGAUGGGUGGUAUACCAGGCAGAGGCAAAGGGAUCCGACGAGUCAGUAUUGAUGAGCGUCUCUUGAGGCCCAUUUCUGUUGGAGUUGAUCCAGAGGAGCAGAAAGCACGAGCGCACGAGAAAGAAGAGAUGAAGACACUUAACAACCAGUUUGCUUGCUUCAUUGAUAAGGUUCGAUCUCUGGAGCAACAGAACAAGGUGCUAGCAACCAAAUGGGAUCUGCUUCAACAAUGUGUCCAACCUACAAGGAAAAACAUUGAAGCCUACUAUGAGAAUUUCCUCGCCACCCUUAAGAAACAGCUGGAGUGUGUCUUGAACGAGAGAGGGAAACUGGAACAUGAACAGAAGAACAUGCAGGAACUAGUAGAGGAGUACCGGUCAAAAUAUGAAGAUGAAGUCAACAGGCGGACAGCUGCAGAGAAUGAGUUUGUGGUGCUCAAAAAGGAUGUGGAUUCUGUCUUCCUCACCAAGGAAGAGCUGGAAGCUAAAGUAGAUGUGCUGGCACAGGAAUUGGAAGCCCUGAGAUGUGUCUUUUCACAGGAGUUAACUCAGUUAGAUCAGCAAAUCUGUGACACUUCAGUGGUUCUGAAAAUGGACAACACCCGAGACCUGGACAUGGACCUUAUCCUGAAUAAUGUAGAAGCCUGGUAUCAGAAUAUUGCUCAAACAAGCAAGCAAGAAGCCGAAGCCUUUUACCACAACAAGAUUGCAGAAAUUCAGAACCAUCGGGGUAAAUACAAUGAAGAGCUUAAAUGCAACCAGCAUGAGAUUAUGGAGCUCAACCGAGUAAUCCAGAGGUUGCACUGUGAUACUGAAUCUGCUAAAAAGCAGGUUGCCAGUUUGCAGUCAGCAAUCUGUGAUGCUGAACACCGUGGUGACGUUGCCCUGAAAGAUGCCCGAAGCAAGCAUGCCGAACUGCAGAAUGCCUACCAGCAGGCCAAGGAUAAGUUAGCCGGCCUGCUCCGUGAUUGCCAGGAACUGCUAAACACCAAGAUGGCCCUGGAUAUUGAGAUUGCUACCUACAGGGCAUUGCUGGAAGGAGAGGAGAGCAGGAUAUGCACAGGAAACCCUGUUAGCGUUGCUAUGGUGAGUGGAGGAUACCCAGUUGGCGAAUGCGGACCUGGAAUGGGAGCCGGAAUGACAUAUGGUGCUAUAGGGAGAGGAGUAGACCAUGGCAUUGGGGUCUAUGGUGGUAUGGCUGAAGGGUUCACCAAUGCAAGUGCAGGAUGUGUCCACACUAUGGGAUCCAGAGCGUCAGUUAACUCAGUAGGCAGGGCAGCAUCAGUGGGGUAUGGAAUGGGACAUGGCUCUGGAGUAGCGAGCGGUGGUUUUAGUCCCACAAGUGGUGGCUAUUCCUCCAGCGUGUCCAACAAGCAUGUGGUAACCUCUGGAGGUGGAAGACACAGCUCAGGCAAGUCUGGAGACAGCAGUAGUGGGAAUGCACACCACAGUGUAGGUGGAAUGCACCAUGCAGUGGCAGCAUCUGGAAGUACUGGAAAAUCGGGAGUUGGAAGGCAUGGCUCUGGAGGGUCUGGACACGGAGGUAUGGUAGGAGCUGUGCUCAGUUCCCGAGGUGAAGGCAGCACUGGUGGUUUCAGGAGUGCGCAUGCCUCAUCAGUCAGUUCCACAUCCAGGAAAUAUUAAGGCCUAGUUAGGUGGUGGGAGGAAUGAUCCCCACCUGUAUGAUAGCUGCACGAAUCAUUCAAUUCACAGCUGGUAGCAGCCAUGUGCUAGAGAAACAGCCAUGCCAAACAGCCAUGUUAUGGUUUUUUCCUACAACAGUUUCUUGUGGGUUGGUGUAGCUUCAGUUCAAAUGGUUCGGUAGUUGUCUUUAGGAAUAAGCUUGGGGAUUCAAGCCAGAUCCCCACCCAUUUUCUUAUUUACCCGUUUUCACCCUGGGUUUUCUUGCAACUGUCUCUAUUAAGACCUACAGCAUUUGAAUCCAGAUUCCUACUUCCUUGUUCCCCAGUGCCCAGCAAAGCAUUUCAGAAAGGGAAGCAAUUCAUUAAUGGCCCAGGAUGGGAUUGCAAAAAUAGA